AUACGACUUGUUUGAGAGGGAUGCGUCCCAUAGGGCCCAUUAGCCACGUGUAUCUUAGGCUUGGACCAUUCCUCUCAUCGCCAUCUGUCAUUUUCACCUCUCUCUCUCUCUCUCUCUCUUUCUUCUUCAACGAACUGAUAAGAGGAAAAUUUAUUCUACUUCUAACCCAAAACCCCAACUUGUCUCUUCUGCCAUAUCUCACUUGAGUAGGGAAAACAAGGAGAGUAUGGAUAAAAUGAAACUAGCUCAAUGGGGUGAGAAAUUGAAAACUGGUGGAGCUCAAAUGAGUAGAAUGGUUAGUGGGAAAAUGAAGGAAAUUCUACAAGGGCCAACACCCGAAUCGAAACUUGUAGAUGAAGCCACAUUAGAGACCUUAGAAGAACCUAAUUGGGGAAUGAAUAUGAGGAUAUGUUCUAUGAUCAAUAGUGAGGAGUUCAAUGGGACCGAAAUUGUUAGGGCCAUAAAAAAGAAGAUAUGCGGGAAAAAUGCUACCAGCCAAAGGUUGAGUCUUGAUUUGUUGGAAGCUUGUACUGUGAAUUGCGAGAAGGUAGCUUCCGAGGUGGCUUCGGAGAAAGUGUUGGAAGAGAUGGUUAAGAUCAUCCAGAAUCCGCAAACAUAUCACCAGAAUAGAGAAAAAGCUUUUGACUUGAUUCGUGCUUGGGGACAGUCUGAUGAUCUUGCAUACCUACCUGUGUUUCACCAAACUUAUAUGAGCUUGAAAGAAAGAAGCGCACAACUGCCAGUGGGUGAUGAUGAUGAGAACUCAUCUCCCUUGUACCAGACUCUGGAAUCUUAUAUGGGAGAGCCAUUGCCUCCCCCUGAAAAUUAUCCUGCCAAUAACACAGGAUUGCAGGGUAAUGAUUUUGCCUAUAAUUACGGGAGUUUAUCUGUUGAGCAAAAGAAGGAACUUUUUGAAGUAACUCGGAACAGCCUUGAGGUGCUCUCUAGCAUAUUGAGUACAGGAACAGAGCCAAAACCGGCAAAGGAUGAGCUGACAGAGAGCAUGCUGGAGAAGUGCAAGCAGUCACAGCUUGCUAUUCAUAUGAUCAUAGAAAGCACUAGUGAUGACGAUGGUAUCCUCUUUGAGGCAUUGAAUCUGAAUGAUGAGCUUCAACAAGUCAUCUCCAAAUUUGAGGGACUGGAAACUGGUUCAAAAUUUGACACAGCUGCGGCUAAUCCUGCUGCUCCUGUGGAGACCGAUAAGGAAAGUACAGUGGGAGCAGCGCUUUCGGCCCACGACAAAACCAAGACCAGUGCAUCCAUGCCCACCCAUAAUGAAACCAAGAUGAGUGCUUCCCCAAAAGCAGAUGGUAUUGAGUCCAGCAUUGAUAUGAAAACAUGGAACGAGAACUGAGAGGGUCUAGGUUUAAUUCAAGUUGCAUGACUUCUUGGGCUGGUAACUUUACGGUUGGCUUAUUGUAAUUAGUGAAAAAGAUUGUGUUGUCCAAUCACGAUGACUAGUUACUCAGUUGUGUAAUUACAUUUCGUUUGUUAAUUAACUACCAUUUUUCUUUUCUUUUA